UUUCUUCACCUAGUAAGACACAAGCUGUACCUCAGAAAGGAUAAAUAAAUUUCUCGCAAUCAACAUUUUGUCGUUUCAUUCUCUACGUGGUCGGCAAUGGCCUCUUCCAAGGUAACCAACAAAGUUCCACUAACACAUACCUCACCUUACAUUAUAUUACCUCUACUUAGCAUGCCCGCAUAGCCCGCAUAGCCUGCCCCCCCAACACUAGGAUAGUCGUGCUGAUCACUUGUGUCUAUCACUCCAGGAAAUGCAAACACCAACGAGGCCAUUGACUCAACACCGUCAAUCAAUCUCUUCCGCCUCGGCGUCGUCCUUGGGCGCUUCGAGACCAUUGUCCCAUUCACGCAAUAAUUCCCACACAUAUUCCGCUUUGUCCGGCGCCUUCAAUGCCACUCACCGCGUAACACGCCGGAAGAGCAUGAGUGGCACCGCUGCCAACGUCGCAGCCGUCGCGGCGGCUCUCGAAGAAGCGGGAGAUAAAAUCGGACCGUUACCCAUCGCUGUCAAUUCCCGUCGCGGUACUAUGUCCAAAUCUACCCCCACCCGAUCUGCCAUCGUAGGCAGCUUACCUUCCCCGCCCGCUAGCUUGCCAACCCAUAGGUUCGAGAUGAAUAUGAAAUCCGAAGGCACAGAAAAUGCUAUCGAUGACUCCUCGAACGACAUGUCCGCCGAUGAAGGGGAGCCGGGUUCACAACAAGCUCGUGUACGGCGAGCGAGCGACGGUCAGCCGCUGACAAAAGAGGGUAGGAAGAGCAACCGAAUUGAACUCCGCUGCGACAAGUGCGGAAAAGGAUACAAGCAUAGCAGCUGCUUGACCAAGCAUUUGUGGGAACAUACUCCCGAGUGGUCUCUCACGUCCAAGCUGCUUAUAUCUAAGCACCAACAAGUUCAAUUGCUCGAAGCGGCCUCGGUUCUCGUCGCCAUGAAUACAGAGACGACAACUCCGCCAGACUCGGCCAAAGACUUUGCCAGCGAUCCCGAAUCAGCUUCUUCCACCGCCUCUGGGUACUCGGACCUCCAUGAUGGUCGUAGUUCAGCCGAUACCACUCCGCCUCCACAUCUAGGCACAUUCGGGACGAUGAACAGCUUUGGUUACCAUGCAACUCCCAAGAGGGACAGCAACGGAAGUGGCUUUGCACGAUCGUACCAAUCGGCCGUUUCGGGGUCAUUCUUCUCAGGCAGUAUGCCAAACGGGUAUGGAUUCGGCCACGCUCGCCAUGCCAGCUCGGACCGACGUCCACCUUCUUCAGGAAUGAAUAGCACGGGCCAAGAUGAUCGCGACCUCGCAGCAGCAGUCGAAUUACUCAGCUGCAGCUUCAACAGCAAUGGGGGGGCGCGGGAUUCAAGGCUUCCUGAAGAUGCUCCUCCCGUACCUCCAUUACCCGUUCAAUAUCUCGAUCACGCUGCUUUCGCUAGCACGAGUUUUAUCAACAGCUUUCCAUCAGGGCAGAUGCCUGAAAGCUUUACCCGGGGUGAGCUCCGCCUCACCGAAGACGUGAAGAUGGAAGACAGCGAAAGCAGUAUAGUGGAUGAAGACGAAGGGGAACGACGUUCGAGGGCGCGAAGUAGCGAGGAAGACGACGAUAUGAUGUUUGGCCGUAUGGAGGAUUAAACUUGAGGUUGAUCGCUCGUUCGCUCACUGGAGACACGGCACGAAACGAUGAAUGGCUCUGGUUAUU